CGACUUGGGCAAUUGAGUAGUUGAGUGGAAGACAACGCCAUGAAUAGAUCCCUGGCCAUCAUCCUCUUGGUGAUAAUUUGCUGCGGCAGCCUGGAGCUGCUUCAGGCCCGCUCCGUCCCACUGCCGGACGGGCCCCACAGGCGAUACGUGCGCCGACGGGUGUCACGCAACGACCCCGAUCUGGAAAUUGUCGAGGUGAGGAACGUGUACUUCGUGCGGCGGCCCAAGAAGGUGGUGACACACCCAAUCGGCGAAGAGGAGAUGGAUAAGCGCAUGCGUUGCGACUUCGAGCCCCAUCGCAGUGAAUGCAAGGACCUCGGCGCGAUUCCAGCACCCCAACCAACACCCCCCUCCACGACACCGAUCAGCGGUGACUCCAUGGAUCGGCGGAUCCGCUGCGACUUUGACCCCACAGCAGAUGAUUGCAAGACAGCAGCGGCUGGCACACAGCCACCGCCACGAAGCACCACACGUGCCACCACCACAACGAGAAGCACCACACGUGCCACCACCACAACGAGCAGCACCACACCAGCCACCACCACAACCACCACAACCACCACGGAUUUGCCACUACUGCCCGAGCUGACGGAUCCCGAGGAGGUGGAGGUGGAGGAAGUGGUGGAGGAGCAGACGACCACAGAGGCUGACUACCAUCUUCCCGAAGAGGAUGACGACUAUAUAGAUGGAGACGAAAAGGGCGAUGACGGCACGGGCCCCGAUGCGGAUGCGGACGAAGGCGCCACAGACGAACCGGAUGAGGAGGACGACUUCGACACUGAUCCAGGCGAUGGCAAUAUUGGGCCUUUGGAUGACGACAGCGUUUGGAAUUCACGCUAAUCCAAACGGAAGUCAUUCGCCCGCCAUACCCGAGUAUCUUCCUUGACGUGCGCCUUUUAAGACCCAGCGAAAUUUUAUAAUUAAGCGCGAAAUGCCAGAGAGAACGAGCUCAAUAAAAUAGCAAUGACGGAAGUCGGUGUCUGUCCUAAGCGAGGGGCGAUCGAUCGGUAGAUUUUCUACAUAAAUCGUUCACUCUUGUUGCACUUCGGUAUCGGUAUCAAACGUUCCUUUCUGUCAUAUAUCGAUAAACAUCGAUUACCUUCAUCAACGCAAGAGAUUUCUAUGGGUAAAUGAACCGUUAAUUUAUGCCAUCGAUUCGAUAUCUAUCUAUUGGUCCUAUAAUUAAUGUAUAUAUAUCUUCAUUUUGAUUGUAUUCCAUUCUGAAUCAAAAAAUUGGCUCUGAAA